ACGCCUAACCCCGGCGCAGCCGACCGCACUGCACUCGGACUCCGGGCACGUCCCCAGCUUUCCCCUCGGCGCGUGGGCGUCUGACGCGCGCGUGCGCAGCGCGGAGGGGCGCGGGGCGCGACCCACCCUUACCCCGGCUGGCGCCUGCGCCGACCGAGCGCAGGGUAACUAGGGGCGCAGCGGGGCGCGAGCCGGAAUGAGCCUCUGGGCGCUGCAGCUCUAUUGAGGCGGCGGCCCGGGAGCUGUAGGGGCGCGGGCCGCCCGCGCCGUGCCGGGCCAUGGCGUUCCUGGCGGGGCCGCGGCUGCUGGAUUGGGCCAACUCGCCACCGCACCUGCAGUUCAAUAAGUUCGUGCUGACGGGCUACCGCCCAGCCAGCAGCGGCUCGGGCUGUCUACGCAGCCUCUUCUACCUGCACAACGAACUGGGCAACAUCUACACGCACGGGCUAGCCCUGCUGGGUUUCCUGGUGCUGGUACCGAUGACCAUGCCUUGGGGUCAGCUGGGCAAGGAUGGCUGGCUGGGGGGCACACACUGUGUGGCCUGCCUGGCACCACCUGCAGGCUCUGUGCUUUAUCACCUCUUCAUGUGCCACCAAGGCGGCAGCCCUGUGUAUGCCCGGCUUCUCGCCCUGGAUAUGUGUGGGGUCUGCAUUGUCAACACCCUCGGGGCUCUGCCCAUCAUCCACUGUACCCUGGCCUGCAGGCCCUGGCUGCGUCCAGCUGCCCUGGUGGGCUACACUGUGCUGUCAGGCGUGGCUGGCUGGCGGGCCCUCACUGCCCCCUCCACCAGUGCCCGGCUCCGAGCCUUUGGUUGGCAGGCUGGUGCCCGCCUGCUAGUGUUUGGGGCCCGGGGAAUGGGGCUGGGCACAGGGGCUCCAGGCUCCCUGCCCUGCUACCUACGCAUGGAUGCACUGGCGCUGCUUGGGGGCCUAGUGAAUGUGGCCCGCCUGCCAGAGCGCUGGGGACCUGGCCGCUUCGACUACUGGGGCAACUCCCACCAGAUCAUGCACCUACUCAGCGUGGGCUCAAUUCUCCAGCUGCACGCCGGUGUUGUGCCUGACCUACUCUGGGCUGCCCACCACAUCUGUCCCCUGGACUGACUAGAGGCUGUCCCCAUGGCCUAGUGUCAACAGCCAUGCUUCCCUCCUGCUGUU